CAGCUUCCUCGCUAACAGGUAUGUUUAAAAUGCUCUUUCCAUACACCCUUUUAAUGCAAUCUUACUUUUCUGAGAAACGAGUUUCGUGGUGUUAGCCUGGGCUUCGUACGAGAAAAUGCAAAACUAACAAUAUGCAAUAGAUAGAACAUGCUAACUUUCAACCCGCAACUGCAAUAAAUGAGAGGGCUUCCGUCAUCAGCCUCUUUGGGACUCGCAAGUAAUCUCUCAGAGGGAAAGGUUCUCAAGAAGAAGAGAUCUAAGCCACUCCAAUCUUCUAUGAACGCAAAACGAUGCACCCGCAGAUAAGGCUUGCCAUGCUUUUGCCAUUCGCCACUCUCAAUUGAUACUUUUCUCCAAAGACAAAAUCAUUCGACAAGAUCCAAUUGCAGAAUAAAUUAAUUUCUAUAAUCAACUGUAGCUUUGUAUAGCUGAAGACGUCUCAAUCUUGGCGGAGCAACGGAAUUGCGGGCCCACUCCGGCAUGUCUGAGCCCUUUUGCACUCGUACAGUACCACGACCUAUUUACCUGCGACAGCACCAAAAUUAGCUACAUAACCAAACCAGAAGUACUUCGAAGUAUUAGCAAGAGUUGCAUAGUAAGUACCUUACAGUAACAUGGCAGGAUCAACAAGAAACACCGGAUUUUCAGAGCUUUUCAACUACAUGAAAUAUGGGUACGCGAAGCGAAAUGCGAAUUCGCUGCACCUGGCCGUACAAGGCCGAUUCGGAUCAUAGUCUAAUGUCCGCCAAUGUCUCUUUCUACUUCUUACAUAUUUGAUGAUCCUUUCAUUUGCUGACAGUUCAAAGCGUACGGAUCAUGCUCUUAUUACGAAGUAUGAAGUAUAAGUGUUACGCAAUUUCCUCUCAGUGCCGGUAAGGUUUCCCGGGUAAGCGGAGCUUUCGGAGCUUUAAUCAAUUUAUCUUCGUAGACCUACCUACGACCCAACAAUAUAUAAAGUCAGGAUAUGCAUCCCAACGGCAAGUUGCGUUCGUAUCGGUCAACAUGCAAAACACUAUCGUCUUUGAGUUAUAUUACUACACGAAAAUGCAAAACUUUACCAGCAUUUGGACGAUCAUGGAGGAACGAUGUCGAUCCAUGAACCGUGCCUUACCUACAGGUUAGCAAGAAAUACGGCAGUAAGUAUCCCUUUGCUCUGUCUUCAUUGGGUCAAUAAGCUUAUUAAUACAGAUCACCUGUGUUGAUCACUUGGAUGAUCUUCAGUACGUUUGAUCAAUCUGUUUUAUGAUGUGGAACAGCUAGGACGACCACGAAUUAUUCGAGAGGAUGGGAACUAUGAGACUAUUCAAUCCCGCUUUUCUUAUUCAAUGUGAGUGCUUUUCAAGGGUUUUACCAAGUUUGGCAACUCUCGGGAGCACUUUCGAAGAUUUAUAUUUCGUGCUGUCUAGUGUUCCAGCUUAACGUUUAGUGGGGAGUUCGUUCCCGUUCCCGUUUUUGUGAAUAUAGAUUGUGUAACAUCUGCAGAUUAAAAACGUAUUAUAUUGCCGAGCAUAGACGGAAAGCAGAUCUAGUGGUAAUAUGUUCAACCUAGAAACAAGUUGUUGCUUACGGUAAGAAGGUAAGUAAAUAAUGAUUAAUACCCCCCAAUCCGAGAGCUAUACAUAUUUCAUUAAAAGCUUAUAGGUGUUACUCGGCCAGUGACUUUGUCAACAAAACGAAGCUUGCUGUUUCAGUCUUCAGAUAUUACAGGAUAUUCCCUAAGCUCACUCUUAAUUUCAACGUGCAUGGUGAAACCCUGCAAGAUCAAGUUCAUCUCUUCUUCAUAUGGUCGCACCCCUUUUUGCAGGUCCUUUCUGCAUCUAUUUUUGGCCUUAGCCGCAAUAUAAGUGCUCGUUCUUGAUGAACAAGUCGGCUUGUUUCGUCCCCUUGCCGAACCGAGACCGACCAAUUCACUUUCGCUCUUAGGUUCAAACUUUUGGCUUUGAGAUUAAAGACGCGGACGCCCCCUUCAAACCUUCGUCAUCUUCAACAACAAUUGACCAAGAUGUAUCUCAUCCUUUGGAUAAACUGGCUAGCCGUCACUCUGCCUCUAUUCGGGCUUAGUGCGCACGCGCAAACUGAUGAUAGCUACAUCGCCAUGACUGGAGUUCAGACUGGCGUCACCGCGGAGGGAGCGCGCCCAGCAAGGAGGAAUCUUCUCGAUCUUCAAAACGAUAUACCCGCCUGGUAAGUCGAGCAAGCUUGUCCUACAUCCCAUUGGUUCCGAUUUGUCACCUGACUGACACACGUCUUCUUCAGGUCACUGUUUAUACAAGCUUUCACUGCUAUGCAAGCUGUUGACGAGGGCCAGCAAUUGUCUUUUUUUGGGAUCGCGGGUCUUCAUGGCAGACCUUUCGUACCAUAUAAUAACUUCGCCCAGUACGCUGACGCGCAAUUUAACUGGUGGAAAGGUUACUGUCCUCAUGGUUCGUUGCAGCUUGCUGGGUCAAGAGGGCUUUGCUAAAACACAUAAAAGGAUCUGUUUUGUUUCUCAGCUGGCACACUAUUUACAUGGUGCUUAUUGAGGUUAGUUCAGCUUUCCCCGUUUCUCAACUAUCGCUAAAUACAAGCAGCAAGUUAUGGCCUCAUGGGCUCAGACUAUUGCCGUGCAAUAUACUGGAGCAGAUCAGGCAGUUUACCAAAAUGCUGCAGACAACCUGAGAUUCCCUUUCUGGGACUUCGCGUCAAUUCCUCAGAUGCCUCCAGUCAUGAAUGGGGCAACCGUAGAAAUCAAUACACCCACUGGAGUCCAGACCGUUAACAAUCCACUAUAUCAAUACACAUGGCAAAAGCCACUGGAAGUAGCUCACUUCCCUGAGACGAUAGCAAGAAGACCAACUACUUCUCGACGGCCGGAGUCUAAUGCCCCCGAUGGACGAAACAGACCGGAUAUUAUCAACGAUCUAUUGGGAAAAGCAAAUUUAAUGCAAAGAACCGUAAGGCACAUUCAGAAAACCUCAAGAUAAGUUGUUGAGGCUAAUGAUGGUGUUAGUGGGAUGCACUCGUCAAGAACACGCAGUACAACGAAUUCGCGACCUCUGCAGCAGGUGGAACCUCCAUUGAAUGGGUUCACAAUGAAAUCCAUUUAACCAUCGCAGGUGCAUUUGGUACAAUGGGGCCUACGGAAUACUCUGCGUUUGACCCAAUCUUUUGGGUAUUCCACUGUAAUAUCGACCGACUCUAUGCGAUUUGGAUGGCGAUGAACCCUGGCAAUUUGAUGACACCCAUCGGCGGUGAAGCUGGUGAGUUUCCAAUUCUUCCAAUCCAACUUCUCUCUUAAGCAUCAUGGAGCCAAGACGCUGUUAUGUCCCUUAACACGGUCUCACUGAUUCAUAUUCUGUCCACUCUCGAGAUACUCUUCAAAAGGCUAUACUGACUUUGAAAUCUUAUAGGAACCAUGUCAAUUCCAUUCGGAAACAUUGAUUCUACCGACACACCCUUAUACCCAUUUACAGCAAAUGCUCAGGGGAGCGUCUACACCUCCGCAGCAGCAUACCAAUAUUCCAUAUUCGGCUACUCCUGGCCGGAAAUCGAAGAUUGGAAUCAAACCCCGGAGGCCCUCCGAGCCAACGUCACAGCACAAGUCAACGCAAAAUACGAUCCAAACGGGGUAUUCAGUAAUCCCCCGCCCGCGGCUCCUGCUACUCGCCGCAGAUAUAACACGCCUAGCCGAACUGCUGGAGAAGAAACCAAAGAAUGGGCUGUGAGCAUCGAGGUCAACAAAUAUGAGCUCAAAGGAGCCUAUUUCGUCAUUAGCAUCUUCGUAGGAUGUGUGCCUGAAGAUCCAGCGGAAUGGCCAUUUACCGAUACUCGAGUGGACAGUAUGCAUCUCAUGCCUCCUCCUCUCAAAAACAUUACGGACUGGCCAUUUAUGCCAGUUUACGAUGAAAUCAGUCUUACGAAGGUAGUCGAAAAUGCUGAUAUUGAUGUUGGUGAUGCUGUUGCUGUAAAGCAAUACUUGAAGGAGAAUCUGGAUUGGAGAGUUCAAAAGGUGAGAUCUGCAACCAUACUUUAUUCUUUUCCUUCGCCGCUCAUAUGCUAAUGUAUUCCUUGACAGCUGGACGGUACAGAGGUAGAUCUCAAAGAACUCCCCAGUCUCAACUUCACAGUCGGAUCCCAGGACAUGACCUUGCAGAAAGACAUCACGUCCCUGCCGACCUUCGGUGAGCGUCAGCUUUAUCGUGAAAUCACGCAUCCGGAGGAGGACCCGGAGGACCCGAUGUCUUCCACGGUACCUCUUCCUGGUUUCUCGCAGAAACGACCGAAUGGUACAAGUACGGAGGCACCUCAGGCGGAGUAUACGGGUGCGGGCUCUUUUCUUGCGCUGGAUAGCAGAUUGUGUAUUUCCUGGGCGUUGUUUUUCUUUUUGCUGCUGUCACAAUAAUUCGAGGGGAGCGUGCCGCUGAUGAUGAAUCAAUACCCGUACGUACAUAGAACAAAAUCUUUCUUCUUUGAUGUACCAAUAGGGCACGAUAAUGAUUAAUGAGUUGAUAUUCUUGAC